UUUUAUUAAAAUAAAAUGGAGUACGACGCAACUCAUAAAGCCUCUAGUAUCACAAGCACAACAAGUACCAUAAGUACUGUCAGCACAAGCAGUACCAAUACAUGGGAUGCCAUUCUUCCGACACCGGAAACAAAAGAUGAUUAUUGUAUUUCUCUAGUAGACUAUCCAUACGAUACCAUAGGAUUCAGUCCAAUCUAUCUUCAACAUGGCGAUCAAAUCACGGCUCCCACAACGUUUAGAAGAAAGGCAUCGGCACCAAUAACAACCAAUAAUUAUCAACCCAUUCGACCUUCUCCAGUUCAAAGACAUCGUUCCCUAACUAGCGUCCUUCCUGUUAAAAAGAUCAACCGUGAUUUACUUUCAGACAAUGAGAAACGCAUCAAUCAUAUUGCCUCAGAACAGAAACGUCGUAAUACCAUUCGUCUUGGAUUUAAAGACUUGACAGAUAUCAUCCCUACCUUGAAAAAUAUUAACAACUCAAAAAGCACCAUCUUGUUUAAAGCCGUAGAUUAUAUGAAACAUCUUGAUAGACGUAAUCGUACACUUUUAGAGAAACUCAGCGCACUACAGGCCCGUAGCCGUGCUCAUGCUCAUAAUAUGCAACAAAAGAAGGCUCGCUCAUCUAACAGUCAACGAUAUAAACAACUGUUUGGUGUCCAACACCAACAGCAUCACCACCAACAACCACAACAAGAACUACCUGCUCAUACCAUAAAUGCUUUAAUAGCUCAUAAAGAUCAACAACGACAAUUACAAGAAUUGCAAGAUCAGCUGAGAGUUCAGCAACAACUUUUAAAAAAACAUAAUAUUAUACCUUCAAGUAAUGCAUCUCAAUAUAACUCAAUUUCUAUCCCAUCCAGUGCAAGCAGUCAUAGUGAUGAACACGAAUCACAAUUAUACACACAUUCUACAAAAAGGCCUUGGCACACACUUUAAGCAUUUUUUACUAAUAAAUAUCAUAUGGUUACAUUUUAUAUAUAUAUAUAUAUAUAUACAACUAUAUGAAAUGAUGUAGGGCAAAAUGUAUCGUUUUAGCGAAUGGCAUCAGUGCAUGUAAAUUAACUGAAAAAUCCCCAGAACUUGUUAGCGGUUUGGACUGCUUUUUUGAAAUUUGGAAAGCUUACAGACAUCGAGAGAUUGAAGGGUACACUAACUCCAACAGGCAAGCAGGUUCUAGUAGACGCUGA